CGGCCCCACAGUCUCAUCGGAGCGGAACCGGUGAAAAUUUUCAGGAUUUCUGUGCAAAUCCGGGGUAAUCAGACAGAAAGAAUAGACUCCAAACGUAAACUACACCGCUUAGUGACGGAAAACUGGCAGCAGCAGAGAGAGCAUUGAGCUACACGACUUACAAGCUUUAGAGACACACACCAAGCUCAAUCUCUGGUGGUUAAAACAGCACCUGUCCAAAUUUGCAGACUACCCCCAAAUUGCACUGCCAACAUGAUUGCCCCUAAUCUUAUCCAAAUUGUGGUGGUUGGAGCUGGUCUCAUAGGGCCCCGUCAUGCCCAGCAUGUCAACGAGAACCCCUACUGCGAGCUUUUUGGCAUAAUAGACCCAUCUCCAGCCACCAAACAGGUGGCACAGAACCUCCAUACUGAGCAUUUCAGCUCCAUCGAGCAGAUGAUCGUCCACUGCGAUGCCAACGGGUUGGACUACCCCAAGGGUGCCAUCGUGUGCACGCCCAACCAUACUCACGUUAAGGUAAGUGCUGAGCUAGCCUCAUACGGAAUCCAUUUGUUAGUUGAAAAACCCAUCAGCUUGACCAUACCAGAGGCCAAGGCCCUCAAGGAGUACGCUGCUAGCAAGAAUGUGAGGAUUUUGGUGGGACACCAUCGUAGAUUUAACCCUUUCAUCUUAGAGGCCAAGAACAACCUCGCAAAAAUUGGUCAGGUGGUAGCCAUCCAGGGUUCAUGGACCUUACGCAAGCCUGAAGAAUACUACCAGGUAUCUCCGUGGCGAACAGCCACCGAAACGGGUGGAGGAGUGUUGCUCAUCAACCUCAUCCAUGAUCUUGACCUUCUCCAGUACUUGUUGGGCCCCAUAGACAAGAUCUACGCCGAGUUGCUCCAGAAACAACGACUCCAAUAUCCUGACGUGGAUGAGGGGGCUGCGUUGACUAUCCGGUUCAAGAGUGGCGUGCUAGGUACGUUUAUCUGUUCCGACAACGUAACUUCUCCCUUCAACUUCGAGUCGGGAACAGGAGAAAAUCCAACGGUUCCUCUCCACAGUGGCCUCGAAGGAUUCUACCGGAUAUUCGGGUCCCAGGGAACCCUUUCGGUGCCAGACUUGAACCUCUACCACCAGGGGAACCACAAGUGUGGAUCGUGGCUCGACCCUAUAGUCAAAGAACCCCUCGCAGACAUCGCCACUGUUGGCGAGCUCAGACCUUUUGACUUGCAAUUGAGCCAUUUCUUGGAGGUGAUCAAGGGUAGUUCUGAGCCUUUCUGUACGGUCGACGACGGCAUUUCUGCGUUGAUGUGCAUCGAUGCAGUGAUGAAGUCGAUUGAGCUGGGGGCUGCCGUGUACUUGGAGGACCCCAAGGACGUCCAACCCACACCAGAGGCCAGCCAGGAUUGACCAAGGUGGCCAUUACGCCGCGUUCAUCGCACGAGGUCCGAGUUUAUGGCACGGACAUGACUAUAUAAUUGCAUAGUAAUACAUAUAUUGGUUAUAGGAUGAUUUGUCAGUAUUUCUUUAUGAAACAGUGCCACUAGGCAAGCAUAGUUACAGGGACAGGUAGUCAAUUAGUCUGAAUU